UACGCUGCCAGAUGGUCUUCCGUUAGCUGGAUCGCUUUGUCCAGCGACUCCGGUCGGUGGUGAUCUGGGCUUCCCUGGUCAGCAAUGGCAGAAGAUGGACCACCCACUGUUCCAGCGGCCAUUUCAGAGCUUCAGCAGUGUGAUCAAAGAACUCAAGGUAUGCCUCCGGAUCAUCUUGAGGCCCCAUCUUGGUGAGCAACACAUGGGGGUGCGCUGCAGCUGGUGGGGGACGGGGUGGCUGCCCCCUCCUGGGGUACUAAGCUCCGCAACACCCGCCGGUCCUCCUCCUGGGCUCGAAGGAGUACAUCAAAGUGCUUUUACUGCUCUCUCUGUAGCUCCAUGAGGGCCUGGUGUUGGCCCUGGUGAAUGCUGGCAAGGGACCGUAAGACUUCCUCCAGCGCCAAUGACUCCAUGACAGCGUAUCCUUCUUCCUCCAAUCCCGGGUUUCAACACCAGUGUAACAGGUUCGAGGAAUGAGGAAGCGGGAGACAGCGAAUCCAACUCAAAGAAUUGUUAAGAAUGGAGGCCGGUGUGCCCACAGCAGCAGAGAAGAAAGACUGUAAGACGUCCGCUCUCAAUGGAAACGGCUUCAGUGAGCUGCCCAAAAAACCCUCCUCAUCAUCCCUUUCUAGAGGUCCCCAUCAUAUAUUCCCAACUUUCCAUUCGCCGAUCCCCAUCGAUGUGCGUCACCACGAGGGAAGAUACCACUACGAACCCCACGCUCUCCACGCCUUACACGGUCCAAGUCCAAUCGAGACACGUGUUCCACUAUACACGGCGUCCAAUGGCUACUUUGGAGAUCGCGCUCACGGUGAAGUUCGAGCACCAUGGGAAAGCGCGGUGUUAUGGCCUCCAGGGUUAGCGGGAAGUCCAGUGAUUUCCGACAUCUCUCUCAUCCGUCUGUCUCCGGGGAGCGGCGGUGAGACCACCUUCCUCCCGCCUCACUCUUACGUCUCGCCUCAUAUGGAGCAUUACCUGCGCUCGGCACAUGGCAGUCCCACACUGUCCAUGAUCUCGGCAGCUCGUGGAUUGAGUCCAGCCGACGUGGCUCAUGAGCAUCUGAAGGAGCGAGGGCUGUUUGGUUUGCCCCCUCCUCCUCCCGGUGCGACCCCAGCAGAGUAUUACCACCUCCUGACCGGACACAUGAACCCGUACGGAGAGCUGUUCAUGCAGGGCGCAGGGGCGGCCGCAGCUCACCUGCCAGACUAUUUCACACCUGUGGACGUGUCUCGGUUCCCUAGUCCUCGUUUGACACCCCGGUUGAGUCGGAAGCGAGCGCUGUCCAUCUCUCCUCUCUCAGACGCCAGUAUCGACCUUCAGACUAUGAUCCGCACCUCGCCCAAUUCUCUGGUGGCCUACAUCAACAACUCCCGAUCCAGUUCGGCCGCUAGCAGCUCAUAUGGACACCUGUCUGUCGGAGGCAUCAGUCCGUCUUUUCCCUUCCAUCCCUCCAUUAAUCCAGUGGCGUAUCAGCAGCUGUUGUCUCAGCAGAGAGGACUUAGUGCGUUCUGUCCCACGCCGCCACUCAUACAACCAUCACCAACAUUCUCCACCAGACAGCAUGCAAUCAGUAUUUCCAGCCUCACCACACCCACCACCAAUGACACUGAGACCAAGAACACGAGUGGCGACUCCGCGGUAAGCAGCACCAUGAACCCCCUAAACAACAAGAGGUCAAAGGUCAAGACUGAGUUGGAUGAGCCACGACCAGCGUCGCCAUGCUCUCCGGAUCAUCUGGGCGGUGCACUGGACCUGAAGGAAGACCUGGACGACUGCAAACAGGAAGCAGAGGUUGUGUACGAGACAAACUGCCACUGGGAGGGCUGCAGCAAAGAGUACGACACACAAGAGCAGCUGGUGCAUCACAUCAAUAACGAACACAUCCAUGGGGAGAAGAAGGAGUUCGUGUGCCGCUGGGAUGAGUGCUCACGUGAGCAGAAGCCGUUUAAAGCACAGUACAUGCUGGUGGUGCACAUGCGCAGACACACGGGGGAGAAACCGCACAAAUGCACUUUUGAGGGCUGCUCAAAAGCAUACUCACGUCUGGAGAAUCUGAAGACACACUUGCGUUCACACACCGGAGAGAAACCAUACGUGUGUGAACAUGAGGGAUGCAAUAAGGCCUUCUCAAACGCCUCGGAUCGAGCCAAACACCAGAACCGCACACACUCCAAUGAGAAACCCUAUGUGUGUAAGAUUCCCGGCUGUACGAAGCGCUACACUGAUCCCAGCUCACUACGGAAACACGUCAAAACCGUCCACGGACCUGAGGCGCACGUCACCAAGAAACAGCGCGGUGAGCUGCCAUCACGACCUCACCAGCCCAAGGAAAAUGUCGAUUACGAGGCAGGAACCAAGCUGUCUGUCCACACGGUGGAGGAGAAACUUGAAGCCAACAGCACAACUAGAGGCAUGGAGGACUAUCUGCAGGUCAAGUCAAUAAAGACUGAGAAGUCUAUGAUGUAUCAGUCCAGCCCUGGUGGUCAGUCAUCAUGUAGCAGCAAGCCAUCACCACUUGGCAGUGCCGGCUACCAUGACGGUGGAGUAGAGCCGAUGGGACUCAGGGGGGGCAGCAUGGGAGAUCUGAGUGCCCUGGACGACAUGCCCCUCGUGGACUCUACCGUCUCCACGGGAUUGUUGGGCCUCCACCAUCACAAGAAUGCAAGCUCUGCCCACAGACUCACGCACCUGAAGCAGGAAAAGCUGAAGUCGGUGAGGGACUCGUGCUUCUGGGCAAACCCAGCUCCUCCUGCCCCCAGCACCAAACUACCACCCAUCAGUACCAGUUCUUUGUUGGAAAGUUCUGGCAGACUUUGUGAUCCAGGGCUCUCCAUCUCCAGCCCACGCCUGGGUGACCUUUGCCCCGGUAAGACUACGGUUCUGAGUCAGCUGGUAGAGCGUCGGGACAGCCUGGCUAGCACAGUGAGCUCGGCCUACACUCUCAGCCGACGUUCCUCCGGUAUCUCCCCCUGCUAUUCCAGCCGGCGUUCCAGCCAAACCUCACAACCUGGUGGUCGCCUUAACAACAUAAGCUCAGCCGGAUCCUACGACCCCAUCUCCACAGACCUAUCCAGAAGAUCCAGUGAGGCCAGCCAAUGUGGAGGACUCCCCAGCCUACUCAGUCUCACUCCUGCCCAACACUACAGACUCAAAGCCAAGUAUGCUGCUGCCACAGGGGGUGCUCCACCAACCCCUCUACCCAAUAUGGACCGCAUGAGCCUGAAGACUCGCAUGGCCUUGUUUGGGGACUCCCAUGAAAUUACCUUGUUCCCAGUCCAUCCCCCCACAGUUCCAAGGAGGUGCAGUGACACCAGCAAUGCUAAUGGUAGUGUUUUGCCCCAUGAGGUACCAGGCAACAUCACACGAAGAGCAAGUGACCCAGUUCGAAGAGUGGGCAUAGAGCACCAUUCUCUCCAUCAAGGGCAGCGUUUCAACAGCAUGACUAAUGUCAACCCCUACUCUAGCCGACAUGUCAACCUACAUCAACAUGAGGGUAACGUAAACUGCCACCUGUAUCCACCCCGGCCUCCUAGCAUUUCAGAGAAUGUUAAGAUGGAAACCAUGGCAAGUGACAUGGACAAUAUGAACACUGGUCUUGAUGAUGCCAUCAUGUUACCAGAUGAUGUUGUUCAGUACCUCACAUCUCAGAACGGAGGCUCCACCCAACAUGCAGCGACAGCAUACCGUGUGCAGGGCAUUCACGGCUUCGACUCUCCACAGCAACAGCAGUGUCAUUACCAAAGACGGCCGGCCUUGGUGGAGGGCAACAUGAAUUGCAUAACACAACAAACAGCAGCAUCCUGUCAGAUGAGUCCAAGCUCUCAGCAGACAUUCCCAGGUUCCCCCAAUGCCACCAAGAGCCAGAUGCCAGUGCAGUGGAACGAGGUCAGUUCAGGGACAGUAGAUUUGACUCAUAGUCAGACCAAGCAGGGAACUGGGCGGGGAAACAUCAGUACAAUUCAACAAAAACAAAACCUCAGCCCUUCUCAGAACCUCAACUCCAACCAACAAGUUGGGCUAAUGAGUCAGAACCUCGCUCAUGCUGCCGAGCAGAAUCACGUGCAACGGAAUAGCGAGUUUAUUUCCCAGAGAAUGACCUGCGGGCCAACUCAAACGCAAUCACUGCAACAGGCUGACUUUCUGCAUGGGUACCAUCAGGGCUCUUCUUCAAGUGACAUAAGUGGAAACACCAACCAACCCCUGUCUCACAGAAACAUGAUAGGGCUCAGUGUAGGUUUGCUGAGCCCAUCUGGUAAAACGCUGAUGGUACAGCCUGUCAGCGAACAGAAUAACAGUGUGAAAGAUCAGCCAGUGACAAGUCAAAACCAUGCUACUUUUCAGAAUAAUCAGGAAAAUUAUUCCCAGAUGAACAUCAACCAGCAAGGCUAUGGCAUUCCAGCCCAGAAUCCCAUGCUGAACAGAAACCAUGGGCUUCUACAGCCAAGACCGCCCACAGAACCCAAACCUUACAGCCGGCAAAUCACAGGGCCAAUGUCAACUGCAACGCAGCAACUUGGUUACCCACAAUCCAACUUUAGCCCAGCGUAUGACACCUCAGAGGCAAGACCAAAAAAAUCAGGCAAUGUGGGUGUUAACAGCUCAGAUACCAACACCAUGUUCUACACUGGCAAGAUUCGUAUGUUUGAUUCCAACAGUCUAGCAAUGGAAGACGCAGUGCAGUGUGGGACAGAUAGUGUAGCCAUGGCUGCAUUAGGCUCCCCUGAAUCAAAUCAGGUCUCCAGCACGGUGGAUUCAAAUGGAGCAGAGCAUCUGCAGAUUGACUUUGACGCCAUGCUGGAUGACGGCGAUCACUCCAGCCUCAUGUCAGGAACUUUAAGUCCCACCCUCCUCCGCAGCUUUUCCCAGAAUUCCUCCCGCCUCACCACACCCAGGAACUCUGUGACAUUGCCCCCGGUGGCCGCUGGAAUCGGCAACAUGGCCAUCGGAGACAUGAGCUCCAUGCUUACCGCACUCGCAGAGGAGAGCAAGUUCCUCAAUCUGAUGUCAUAGGAAAAACAGGAAGUAAUAUUUAAAGAGACAGAGUGAGACCUAUGUGACUUUGAACGCAAUAUAACCGAAUAUUGUAUAAAACAUUUUUUUUAAUCCUUUUAAAAAGUGUAUUAUUCUGUACAGUAUUAGUUAAGACUUUGGUAGUGUCUUUUGUUGGCUUUUGUUUGUUCAAGAAGCCAUACUUUGCCUUAGACAAGUGUAUGUACGGUGCAUAUGUAAACAGAGAAUUUGAAAAGUGACAGUCCAGUAUUUUUAUAUAGCUUUUGAAGUGACAAAAUGAAAACAGGUGUGCCUCGGUGUGCACAAGCAUAUGGAGGAAUUACAUUACACUAGCAGAACGGGACUUUAUCUUUUCUGUCCUCUUCAAGGGAUACAAAGAGGUUUUGUAUAUUCUGUAAAUUAAAUGUAAUAUUGUACUUUCUAUUCAUGUUUUUAUCAGACAUAAGAAAAGCUCCAAAUUAUUGAUUUCGGAUCAUAAAGGAACAUAACAGCGCUCUAAAGAGAUGUACUAAAGAGAUUAUGGGUGCUUUCACACUGGCAGUUUAGUUCGAAACACAGCACGGUUCGCAUGAAAAAUUGAUAAUGUGAAAGCUGUCUAUAUAUAGAGUAUAAUAGGAGAUGACAGUGGCGAUAACUUCAGCAUGGACACGAGUGUGAGUAAGCGUGCAGUGUAAACAAAGAUGCAAAUGAAUUCCUUGCAAUCAGUUGUCUCCUAAAAAACACCGUUUGCGAGCAGCAGCAAGCCGCCUUCCCCUGGACAUCUGAUGAGUUAUGCCAUGAAGCGCACACAUACGCAGUUGUUGUUCACUCUGCUGUGCAUAAUGGCACCAAAAUAACAAAAAAACAAGAAGUAUGAUGAGUCGCGUUGUGUUCUCCAUGCGUGUUUGUGAUGAUGUAAGAUGAACGCAAAUGGGCCGGGGUUCGAAAGAAUCAAGUGAGUGUGAAACCAGACCAAAGCUGCGGGGGGCACCGGGAACAAUCGCACUCGGAAUCGGACCGCAGCAAACGUGCCCAGUGUGAAAGCCCCCUAUGACUCUCAUGUCUGAACCGGGCUCUAUCUGAGCGAACCACAGAACUGAUUAUCUUGGACUUUUGAAGUCAAAAUACAAAUGUGUAGGCUGUCCCGUUGUACACAGACUCCUUUUACAAAGAUGGAUC